GCUCUCCUCUUUGCAGCGCAUUGUCUGGGCAUGAGACUCACACCCAGGGGAGCGCAGGCUGGCUGGGGCUCGCGGGCUGUGCAUCUGACCCAGCCCCCUCGCCCUCCCCUUCUCCCCGCUCCUCUAAGCGCAAAUUAAUUACGUGAUUAAAAAAAAUAAAUACAAAAAAAAAAAGUUUGCAGCCCCUCCCUCUCCCCGCCCCCGGCGAUGUAGCAAUGGGAAAUUCCUGCAUGGCCCAAACCGCGCCAAUGCCUCGUGCAGGGGCCGCCUGCAGACGCGAGGCAGCGAAGGGAAAACUAGGGAGGGAUUUUUAAUUCCUUUGGGAGCAAUCAGACCGUGUGUGUAGGGGCAGCCUAGCUCCCUCUGGUCCAUUGCAUCUCUUGGAUUGCUCCCCACCUCCUGGAUUCAAGCAGAUCGCGACUGCAGUUGCCUUCAGCCUUCUCCCCCAGCUCCCCCCCCCCACUCCUGCCUUGCUCACCUGGGAAGGUGAAGAAUGCAUCUCCACUAUUGGGACGGAUCCUUGCGGCAAUGAGACCUGAGCUGAGUCUUGAAGAAAGCAACACUGGGAUCGGCAGAUGGUGUGUGCUUGAGCCAGUAGACCAGCUCUAAGUUGCUACCAAUUGGCUACAUAUCUAUUAGGAGAAGAUGGCCAUCUCCUUGGAGAUCUGCUUCUUCACUCUUGUGCUCCUGCCUCUGGUUGCAGCGACGCACUCAGACUGCAUCAUCAGAAAGGAGCAGGAGGCCUGUCUGGAGAAAAUCAAGAGAGCAAGUGCCCUCAAUCCAUGGAAUGAGUCUUCCCCAGGAUGCCCUGGGAUGUGGGAUAAUAUUACAUGCUGGAAGUCAGCGAGUGUGGGCGAAAUCGUCUUUGUCAAGUGUCCUGCUCUGUUCCGAAUUAUUAACUCUGAAGACGGUCGGGAAGUGGAUAACAUGGGGCAAAUUCAUCCAGGUGAUUUUGACCUAUUGGAUAGCACAGGCCAAACUCCCUUAGAUGUAGGGGACAUCAGCAGAAACUGCACAGAGGAUGGCUGGUCUGAACCUUUCCCUCAUUAUUAUGAUGCCUGCGGGUUUGAUGAAAAUGAAACGGAGUCUGAAAAUCAGGAUUACUACUACCUCUCCGUGAAGGCUCUGUACACAGUGGGAUACAGCACGUCCCUUGUAUCCCUCACCACAGCAAUGGUUAUUCUGUGUCGUUUCAGGAAGCUUCACUGCACUCGGAACUUUAUUCACAUGAACCUCUUUAUUUCAUUUAUUCUACGAGCAAUAUCAGUCUUCAUCAAAGAUGGGAUUUUGUAUGCAGAACAGGAAAGCAACCAUUGUUUUAUAUCUACUGUGGAAUGCAAAGCAGUGAUGAUCUUUUUCCACUAUUGCGUCAUGUCCAACUAUUUCUGGCUGUUCAUUGAGGGAUUGUACCUUUUCACCUUACUGGUGGAGACCUUUUUCCCAGAGAGGAGAUAUUUUUAUUGGUACACCAUCAUCGGCUGGGGCACCCCAACAAUUUGUGUCACUGUCUGGGCUGUGCUGAGACAUCACUUUGAUGAUACUGGCUGCUGGGACAUGAAUGAUAACACUGCCCUGUGGUGGGUGAUAAAGGGCCCCGUGGUUGGAUCAAUAAUGAUAAACUUUGUUCUUUUCAUUGGCAUAAUCGUUAUCCUUGUGCAGAAACUUCAGUCGCCUGAUAUCGGGGGCAACGAAUCCAGCAUUUACUUCACCUUGCUGGAAAGAAAGGAGAAACAUGGCAUAUACCAUAGCAGCUGCGUUCAGAAAUGCUACUGUAAGCCCAAGAGGGCUAACCAGCACUCUUGCAGGAUGUCAGAACUAUCCACCAUUACCCUGAGGCUGGCCCGCUCCACUCUGCUGCUUAUCCCCUUGUUUGGAAUUCACUACACUGUGUUCGCCUUUUCUCCUGAAAAUGUCAGUAAACGGGAGAGACUAGUGUUUGAACUGGGACUGGGAUCUUUCCAGGGCUUUGUUGUUGCUGUUCUCUAUUGUUUCUUGAAUGGGGAGUUUCUCCCUAAAGGUGCAAUCGGAAAUAAAGAGAAAAUGGAGGAGCUGGAAAGUCAACCGGUAUUUUGCUGUGGAUUUCAAACAUCGCCAUCCGUCUCUGGCGAGCAGCGGAGUGAACGGGGGGACACAACUCUCCAUUCUGAGCAAGAGCAGCUCUCAGAUUCGGAUGUCCAGCAUAAAUGCGGAGAAUCUAGCGACAUGAGCAACUAAAUAACCCCUCCCCACAAUAAAACCCAAAACACCCCUUUAAAAAGAAAAAAAAUCAUAAUUUUGGUGGUUUGGGUUUUUUUUUUAAUGAUUAUUAUUAUGAUUUUUUAAAUGUAAGAUGUGUCCACAAGCAUGAAACAAAACAUCCCUGGCGUUUUGCAGAGAAGAAAAAAAGGAUAUUUUUUUAACUAUCAUUGUAAAUAAACCACUAAGAUCCAUGCCAUUGACAAAAAAAAAAUCAAUAAAACGCCAAGCUCACCCCCGCAUAUCCAUUUUGAGCAUCUGCAAGUAAUCCAUUGUCAGCCAAGUGUUUGCUGUGCAGUUGUUAACAUUGGUUGCCAAACUGAUAUAAAUCUCUCUGUGCAUGGACUUCAUUGUUGUUAUUUUUGGGGUCUGGGUUUGUUUGUUUUUCUAAUCCAAUGCAUCCUCGCUAAGCCUCAUUCUCAUCUUUGGUGUCUGAAUAUUCUCAGUCUCUUUGGAGUCUUAGGAUAUAGCUAUAGCAUUGGGGUUAAUAAUGCCGGCCAGGUCACCAAGGACUCCAGAAAUGGAUUUCAUGGCUGGAUUUGGUCAGAAGAACUCAGCGGACUUAGAACAUCUGCUGUGACUGUGUGAGACAGCAUACCUGUCACCAUUCCAGAGAGAGGAAUCCAUGCAGCAGAGAUGGGGGCUGCUAUUUUAGGUUCUAGCUAAGCUGUGAAUUUUAUAAGAGGGCCAUCCAUUUGAGAGAGAUCUAUAUUUUUGAGGUUGAUAGGUUGGAGUUUUGAGUAAUGUGAACAAACAUUCCCCACCCCCACCCCCCAGAGGCAAAGUCAGUUCCAGGAGUCUCGCUUUCUCUGAAUUACAUUGAAGCUCCUGCAUCAAUGUCUGAUCAUUGCACUGCGACUGGUAGUAGCACGACGUGUGUGUGUGACCUCUGCGAUCAGGCUGGCAUUGACAUUGUUUGCCAGCACCAGAGACUCAACAAGGGUCCAACACGGUGGUGCAGGAAGAUUAAUGUCCUCAGUGUCUGUGGAGCAACUAAGGUGAACAGUCAGACACUACGGAAGGGAAUGAUAAAGACUUUGGAUGAUUGACCAUAUCUGGCCAUUUCUUCUGUCAUUGGAUCUUUUGUUUGUUCACCAACAGAUAUUAUGAAUGCCAAUGUCAGAGAGACAAAAGAAAACGUCCUUUCCAACUUUGCCUUGCAGUAGAGCCACGACUGGAUACAUAUCUACUUCAGUCGAACAUCAAUGAUGUCAAUUAUUUCUUGAGAGGUUUUAUGUGGUGCAUAGAGGCUUUAAGGACUAUAUUUGCUCUUAUUUCUUUGUGGAUUUAUAUGUGAGGGUAUUAAAAAACAAAAUGACAUUUAAAUAUGAUGGUUUGGACUCAAACUAACAGCAACCAGGGAAUUCAAAAUUAUGGUUAGCUCUUUGUUCUUAAUUGAAAUGAAAAAGAAAGUGUGUGUGUGGGGGGGGAGAUAUAGACACAACAUUUUCCUGUCAGCAGAGAUUUUGAUUUCACUAGGUUUUGUUAGUUUAGUUCAAAACUUGUAAUGUCAUUUUAAAUAUAGUGUUUUUUUUAAAAAUAGUUUCCUUGUUUUUAAAAGGAAAAAGUCAUGAAAAGUUAUGAAAGAAGUAUUAAUUAUAAUACUUAACACUAGUGCUUUAUGGGACGUAUUCUGCUCUUAGUUACAGCAGUGUAAAUCUAAAAUAAUCCCAGUAGAAUUAGGGGUCAAUCCUGCAAUCCAUUGAAAUGGAUGGAUCACUUGAUGAUUACCUGUUCUGUUCAUUCCCUCUGAAGCACCUGGCAUUGACCACUGUCGGAAGACAGGAUACUGGGCUAGAUGGGUCUUUGGCCUGACCCGGUAUGGCCAUUUUUAUGGUCUUAUGAAACAAAUGGGAGUGCUGCCUUGACUACAGUGGGUGCAGGAGCAGAUAAUUAUUCCAGAUUCACACCACUAUAAGGGUGAAAUUCACUCCUGUGCAGAAGACCAGUAAAAGGACUAUGUACGGCUUAAAUGUACUUUGAGAUCUUAAGUGGGAUUUAUAUGAUGUACAGGCUUUUUGUCAGUCCUCUGCAUGGGGUUGACCCUAACCGAGAGUAGAAUUUGGCCCACUAUGUUCCAGACGUUGUGCAAAAAUUACGUAAGUACUUUUUAACUGCUAGAUUGGAAACUUUUCUCUCAUCAGAUGCUGUAAAUAGCUAUUUUAGCAAGUUUCCCAAUGAAUCGUGUUCUUAAUGGACCAGAAACACACUGAAGAGGGAGAGGGGUAAAGUCAGAUAUAUCCGGUAAAUAUAUACUUAUAAUUUUUUAAACAAAACUAUCUAAAAUUAAAUGAACAGAUGAAAUUUAGUUUUGUAUUUUCUGUAGUAUGGACUUUCACAAGGUUAAUACUGACAAUGCUGUAAGUGUAUUGUAAAAAGAAAUAAUGGACAAAGCAUAUUUUGCAUGAAUGGUUACUAGCCAAUUUUCAGCCACUGAUCACCAUAUUUAAAACUUGCCUCUGAUUGGAGGCCUUUUUUUGUGCCACAUUUCAAUCCAGAGCAAGAGUUUUUUCUCUGGCAGUUCUAAAAUCCUCUCCUAUUUGAGUUGGUGUGUCUCAGUCCAGUGCCUUGUGGGCAAGUGUCCACAUCACAAAACCACCCUUGCAAUUGGCACACAUUGGAGGCUAGAUCCUCAGCUGGUGUAAAUCAGUGCAACACCAUUGGUGUCUGUGCAACUAUGUCGGUUUACCUCAGCCGAGGAUCUGACAUGGGUACAUUAUUAUUUUUGAAAGUCUCAGCAAGAGAGAUCAAGGGCUGAAUGGUCCUGGAGACUGAAUUCACCUCUUGAUUCUUAGAGCCCAAACUCAGGAUUGAGGCAGGUUGGUGGGAUGUUGUGUUGGAAGCUUCCACACUAUAUGCUGUACUUGUUCAAUAGACUAGUAGUUCUCAACCUGCGGGCUGCUUGCGGCCCAAUCAGCACACAGCGGCUGCUCAUGUGACAUGCUCAGGGCCGUGCAGGCAGUAUAUAUAUUGUGUGGCUGCGGCCCACAUAACACACAGAGAGCUUCAUAUGCGGCCUACAAUGGCAAAUAGGUUGAGAACCACUGCAGUAGACCGAGAGAGGACUUCAAUCUUUGAGAUUUUCCAUCCAGUAUCGUUCACCAGCAAUGAAUUUACUAGAAGUUGUAGCUCUCUAUAUACUUAAUAUAUUCUACAAAGUUCAGGCAAAUCCCUUCUAGUGGGAUUUUUUACUGGAAGUGCUGACCACUCUUACAGUGGUGGCAUUCAUGUGGCCACUCUAUUGUUCAGUGUUACUCGAAAGAUCAUACUUCAGGUAUAUAUAGAGAAACCAGUAGUUACCUAAACAAAGAUUCUAAUGCCAUUGCACAAAAUAUGCUCUUGGGGUAUUUUUAUGUCAAAUGUAAAUUGAAGAUGCUAGAUGUAUGUCACCACUUCUGGUGACCAUCAUAACUAAGCAUCAAGAUAGAAGGAACCAAAAGGAAGAAUUGCUUCAAAGCCUGUGUAAAUAUCUAUUCAUGUGUAACAGUGUUUGUUUUAUUUCUACUGUGAAAUAUAUUUUAGGGUUAGAAAGUACAUGUUAUUAAAACAAAAUGUAAUUUAAAAAAAUGUGUGCUAUGCUCCUUGAGCCAUUUUUAUAAUAUGCCAAUAAUACGUUUCCUGUCUAAUUUUCUUAUUUGGCUUUUGUAAAUGUACAAAAUCUUCUGUACUGCAGCUUUUGUAGGUCUGUAGUGCAUAGAGCUACUGUUUUGUUGUCUGCUGUUGAAUGGGGAGAUCUGCUAUGAGAUGUAUUUUAAAAUCCUGAAAGACAUACUGUGUAAGAGAGGUGUGAUUUUUCAGUGGUGUUGGGCAACCUUAUCUCCCUUGGACUUUAUUUGGAUUUGUGGGUGCUCAGCACUUCUGAAAAUGAGACCCUGGGUGCCAAAAUCUAGGUACCUCAAUAAAAGAAGCCUGAAUUUCAGAAGCACUAAGGUUGAAAAAUACGGCCGCUUUGCAUAACUUAAGUACUCAUGUUUGAAAAAAUUGGGCUUAAGAUUUUAAUGGCACAAUCUCAGUGACCUUCAGGAAAGACUCUCACUUCUCUUUUUAGUCUGUGACAGAUGAUUCCCAUUGGAUAUGGAGGUCUAAUGGAAGUUACCUAGUUACUGUAGUAGGUUCAGAGAAGAAGUAGAUCAGACCUGAAGUUGUUUCUGUGAUACAAUAUGAGAAACCAUGUCCCUACAGUACUGGCACAAAGAACUGCAUGUGUGCAGCACUGUUAAUACAGUGUUAUGGGCCAUUAUUUUCUAAGGCACCAGUCUUCAAAGGUGCUGAGGUCAUCAGUUUGCAGGAUCCUAGUAUUUAUUUUUUUCUACAAGGGCUUUACCAGAACACUAAAACCAAUGGACAACAUGAAGUAGGCUAGGAUUUGCUUGGAAGAUCCAUGCCAUGAUUCCCAUUGAAUGUGAACAUCAGUUAAUCAAAGCUAAAGUUCUCCUGGAUGUAAAACUUAGAAUUCAAACUCUCUUUCUGUGUAUUCCCAAAGGUGACAAGAUAUGUCUAUGUUGCUUACAUUGCUGGUUGUUACAUUAAGAGGGCUAGACAAAUUAUAUUUUUGUGGCAGUUAUCAGAAUAGAGGUUCCUCAAGUGCCUUUUAGGACCAGACAGCAGUUUGGGGCGGGAGGGAGGUGUCAAAGGGGGUGAAAUCAAUUUAAGAUUAUUUUUAACUGCAGCAAGCACGUUAUCUCUUCUAAUAUAUAAAUUCAUGAUCAGUAUGACCUCAUACUAUGACACAGUAAAUAAUAAUAUGCUGGAAUUAUAAGAGCAAGCCUACCUGGACCAUGAUAGUAUCCUUCUGCUUAGAGUCUAUGGGAGUUUUGCCCUUGAAAUGGGAAUGGAAUUAGGCUCUUUAUGAUUGUGGAAUCAGAUCUGAAGCUCACUGAAAUCAAAGGGAGUCAUGACACUAACUUCAGUGAGCUUUUUAACAGGCCCACAUUAUAGGCCCUAAUCUGGAUUCUGGUCUCAGCACCAUUGGUGUAAAUCUGGCACAAUUCUGUUGACUUUACUUAUGCUGAUGUGAGGUCGGAACUGGCACAUGGCUGCCUUGAAACCUUGUAACAAGGUGGUGGAAUCUCAUUAGUUCCACAGGUCUCAUGGAAUCUCCAGCAUUUGAGUUGGCAGAAAUGUCACGGGAUCAGCUGAUGAGAUUUCAGCAGUGUCGCAUCUGAAGUUGACUCUCAGCCAUGAUUUAGAUUCCAAAGUGAACUGGCCUCUGACUAGUAUGAGUCCAGAUCUUAACUUUAUCUCCCGGGCCCAUACGUGCCAGAAAAUAGAUGCCGACAGCGUAGGGAAUCCAGCAAAGCCAUUCACAUGAUUUAACGACAUUGUAACAGCAAAAAUAAUAGAGGGAACUAGAUAGAGUCACAUCUGGACAGAGUCUAGUCUCAACACAGAUAAAUGUUCCUUGUUUAACUCACAUCACCACAAUGCACGCGCUGCUGUCUCUUGUUCCUGCUAGGAAGGUGUAAUGUUCAAAAUGUUCACCUUCUGGAAGCUUUGAAUUGUCACUUCUCCUGAGAAUCUCUUACAUGUUCUGCUUUUUAUUCUUCACCGCUUAAAAAAGUAUUUAUUUCCAAGAUGCCAGAGGCAAUAUCUCAGAGCUGAAAGGGUCAGCGUGGAACCGCAGUUCUGGUUAAUGCCUUCACCAUGAAGUCCUCGAAUCAGCAAAACUGUCUCUAAGUAGAACUUUUGAUGGAGUUUUCCAUGGCUUCAGAUGAUCUUUAGUUAACACAACAGAACAGUCUGAAAGUGCCCAAUGUACAUUAUGGUGGCUUGCUCUGGGGAUGGGGAAGAUCAAAGUAGACUAACCUGCUACAAUCAGACUAGGUGCUCCUCUUGGUCAGCAGUGCUAGAUUCUUCAUCAGGGUCAGGACAAAGGCAGGGCAGUGACCAUGCCCCUCUCCUUUCCGCUGUAGCCAAUGGAGCUGCAAUAGUGCAGGGCAAAGCACAGGCUGCAUCCAUUAGAGGAAGUUGCAGCACCAGCACUGGUGUGUGCUCCUUGAGCAACCUCCCAACACACACAAACAUACUGGGAUUUGACAGCCACAACAUAGUUCUGUAGCUUUUUGCUACGUGCCAGUGAGCUGCUUAGAAGACAAACCAAAUGGUAACUUCCCCCCACACCAUGUUCAAUUUACAUGCUUGUAAAUGAGAGCAGUAUAAAGAGGUUUUAUUUUUCCCCGUUUCAUUUAUGUUUCAGCAGGACUAGAGAUUUCUUCCCCCCCCACCCUCCAUACAUUGUUGUAUAUUUGACAUGCCAAGCCUUCAUGUACAUAAGGCUUUGAAGAAUGUUUAACAGCAUCUGUUUACAUGUCAUUACAGAACAGUCUUAUCAGUAGAACUGACACACUUCGAAAAGUCCCACCAUGGGCAAUCGGAUGGCCUGCACAGAUUUCACCAUAGCCUGCCACAGUGGCUACUUUUUCAAGGCUGCUUGUUGAAUUUGAGGCAUUUUGUAACUUCUCACACACUUCUAAGAAGAGAAUUUGAUCAUAUACUUUGCUUACUACAUUAAUAAGAGAGGAAACUUACUUUCGGUCGUAUUUUUGGCAGUCUUAAAAAUCUUGUCCACACAAAAUAUAAUGAAAUGUGGUCCAGUGGUUUUAUAAACCUUUUGACAGGUUCAGUAUUCCCUGAUGGAAUUUCCAAGCUUUUCCUCUAUCUAGUUGGAUACGCUCUAACUUACAUUGCCAGAUAUUGAACUCUGGCCCGUCAUACUGCUACUAUUAUUUGUAGUUCACUGUUCUUUUCAUCUCCUCUUUUGAGGAUGAUCUUCCCACUGCCAAUGCCUACGAUGACAUUAAACUUCACAGUUAGCAAUGCCAGUCCUCCACUCAGUGACCAUCUUCUUGGUUUCCAAACCCUGUGACUGUCCAGCUCUGAAGCCUAGAAGCUCUGUUUGUAGUAACAAAGGCUGUCAGUGGGCUCUGACUCACUCUAUGGAGGCUGUUCCUGUAUAUUGGAGCUGGUCAACAUUUUCCAAAAUUUGAUUUGUCAGUGAAAAUUUUGAAUUUUGACCACCAGGAAAAAUAUGGAUGUUUUGACAUAUCACUCAUUCGAACAUCUGAGCUAAUAGCCAUUACUCCGUGUACUCUAAAAUACCACUUCCUAUUCAAUAUCUGCUCACAGAAGAUUUCCAGGUUCAGAAAAGUGUUUGAUACAAUUCAGAGCUUUCUCUAUGCUGCCCCAAAAUUAGCCAAACAUUCUAAAGUUAUGCAGUUCACUUAUUAUAUACAUCAUGCUCUUUGUUUGUGGGUAGCUCAUGCUAUCAUUCCUAUAUGUUAAUAGUAGCCGUUAGCUGUAGUACAGUCGUGCUGAGAGGCCACGACUGAGAUCAUGGCUUCGUUGGGCUGUUUUAGAUAGAUUGGGUUCUCUCAAGAAGAAAAGAAAUGAGAAGUUACAAUUCCUAGACUUCUCCAAUUGUCCAGUCAGAAAGGACAGCAUUUGUCCUUUGUUAGAUAAGUCUUUCAAGUCAACAAUUAUAUGGUGGCUAUUUCCUCUUCCUUCCUUUGAAUCACUUUAUUAAGAGAAGUUUGUUACUGCAUGAAGACAGCAUUGAAAUGAAAAUGUUCCCAAGGUGAUUUGUCCAAAGGAGCAAUAAGAAUUAUGGCCUGAAUGAUGGGGUUUCAGAUAGGGGGGCUUUUCAGUUGCAGUGAUGCUGCCAUAUUAGGGCUAUUUAAAUCGUUUCUGGAAAACAUCUGACCCUCCUGGACCCUUUUCUCAUUUUUAGACCCAAACCCAGUUGCAUUUUCUUCAAGACUUGGCUUUGAAACAUUUCAUUAGCUGGGUUUUUCCCCUCCCAUCAUCCUUUCAAUUUUGCUGACACUGCACUUCCUGCUCCCAACCAAAAUCAAAUGGUGCCAAAGCACCGCAGGAAAGGCUGGUCUCAUGGUAUUUCUAGCCAUGCCCAGGAGUAUCAGAAAUGCACUGAGAUAGUGUUUUCCCGGGAGAUUCACAGUUCUGUGCUUGCAGACUGCAGAAGCUGGGGCAGUUCAGAGAAACUUCUGAACAUUUCUGUGUUUGCUGGGUUCUGACUGCCGCGUUUUUUAAAUGUACCCAUCCCUAGUUAAUGUGAGCAAAGUCCUGCUUGUCUUGCCUGAGUGUGGGGAGGGGGAGAGAAAAGUAGCACAGGAGCCUGUAACUCACCAAAGGUAUCUGUAAAACAGCCCAAGAGGAUUCCAGCCAAUCACUCUCUUGAGGAGCUGCAAACCCACUGGUGUCAUGUCUCCAAGUCCUUUAGGGUAGAUGCUACUUUCAGCAGUAGACACGAUGACUUACAGUGAUUCUACUAGUAGCAGUGAGGAAAGGAUGCUAUCAACCAUGAUUCCCCUGGGCACGCCCCCAAACAUGCCACCAGCUGGAUUCACAUGUGGUGCGUGCAGAGCCAUCAUUGAGUCAGCUACAGUUGAGAUCUCUGUUUGCAACCUCCUGGGUUAUGCCUCUUUGUUAACUGCCUCAUUACCAAACCAGGGGCAUUAUACCUGGGGGCACCUUUAGUGAGUUAGGGCAGGAUUUACUCAAUAUCAUUAAAGAUGUCAGACAGGCACAGCCAGCUACGGAUUGCAUCUACUAUCAGAGCGGUGGAGUGCGAAGCAUGCAGUAAUAUCUAAUGAUGCUCUGAUGUUAAGCUCUGUGUGGUUUUGUGGUAGAGAGCGACAUUCAGCUAAAUGUGUCUUGUACCUGGUUCAACCUCUAUAGAGCUUGAACAAAGUUCCCUGUUUUAACCCCGGUGGUCCUUUCACCUGGAUAUUAUUAUUGUUCCACAUUUUCUUUCUUUGUGGGGAAUUCAUCCAUGUGAAGAGUUAAUGUGUGGUAUGAACCUUGCAGUGUCUUUCAGUAGCUGAAGUAACCUAGACCUCUGCAUACACCUUUACCAAUGGACCUUAUCACUGUACAGGAGUCUCCAGAGGUCUCAAGGUACCUGCAUAAUCUGUAAAAACACCUGUUCGUGUCUCUAUUCUCUCUCCCAACUUCUUGCCUUUAUAGUAGCAAUGCAACAUGCAAUAGCUCCCGAGAAGAGAUGUGCCAAGUUAAUGUAUGUAAAGCUGUAUUUUGACUUUUGAAGGUAUCAAGGGAUGAAUUUACUGGCCCUCUGGGUCUAAUACUGGCCUUUUUAUCGUUAUUAGUAACAGGAUCUGGGGUUAUUACAUUUUGUUAAGUGGAAAUGCACAGAUGUCAGCUGCUGCUUACUGGACUAAUCUUUUUGUGUGUUCUGAGAAACAGUACUAGAUUUUAACAUGUAUACUGCUGUAGAUGACACAAUAAAUGUAUUAUCAUUUU